GUUUAGUUCAGUUGUUUUUUCCUGUUUGGCUGAAUUACUACGUGUUUAUCCUGUUUACUGCAGAUAGCCACAGAUAUGAGCUGUAAACAAGAGCACCAAGUACACCUAGGAUUCAUACCUUAACCCCUGACUUGACUUUUUACCUAAUUACUUUAGGUUUUUCUGGUUUGGCUGAGUUAAUACAUGUUUAUCCUGUUUGCUGUGCUGCAGACCUCUCCGCUCCUCCUGCGGUACAUAAGCUCCACGCAUGCAAGACUCUCACAUUAUUUCAGGGUGAGCAGCACAAAGCACAGCUUGUUGAAGACCAUGGCGGAUGAGGAAUUACACUUUGGAGACUCAGGGGCUUCUACUACAUACCCCGUGCAGUGUUCUUCUCUGGAGAUGGAUGGAUUUGUCAUGAUUAAAGAUCGUCCCUGCAAGAUCGUUGAGAUGAAUACCUCCAAAUCUGGCAAGCAUGGGCACGCCAAGGUUCACCUUGUUGGACUUGACCUCUUUACUGGGGAGACACAUGAAGAUAUCUUCCCAUCUACACAUAACUUGGAUGUCCCAAAUGUAUGCAGGAGGGAUUUACAGGUUUUCGGUGUCAAAGAUGGUUACUUGACGAUCAAGGAUGAUAAUUUCGAUAGCAGAGAGGGUCCUAAAGUGCCGGAGGGUGAGCUGGGUGAAGAAAUAACAGCGAGAGCAAAGUGGGAAACUCCAUUCAUGGUCACUGUGUUAGAGGCUAUGGGGGAAAAGCAGGUCAUCUCCCUUAGGAGCUCCUGGUAAAGUACAAAGCUGGAGACCUCACAGUCUUGUCCUCCGUUAUGGCUUUCAAGCCUCAACAAAGCUGUUGGCGUUCAUCCCUCCACGGGUUUAUCUGGUACAACUCACAACUGUGUGCUUUUACUGUGUAGGCUUACAAUUUCAAUAGGGUCUCACCUGACCUUUGAAGUCAGUGCUCGGGCCCUAAUAAAACAAAAUCAGGACAAAUAAAUAUGUAAUAUGUGGAAACGGUGAAAUGUAUGUGUGUAGAGUGUUUAUACUGAUGGUUGAUUUGGAAGUAAACAGUCAAAUUACAAAUCAGAUAAUUCUCCCCGCAAAAAUGGUGUUCCUAAUUUGAUGUAGUUCUUAUCACACUGAUGUGUGUUCAAGUUUAUUUCAUUUUAUGAGAUAAAUUACCUAAAUGCAAAAUACAUAGAAAUUAAGGCCAGAAAUGAUGUUGGUAGCAGCAGUGGGCGACUGGAGACAUUAUCUCCUCUUUCAUUUGGGGAUUUCAUGUUUGACUCACAUGUGCAGGCUGUGGUCGGGAUCUGCUCAGUGUCAGAAUGUGAUUAGGAACAGAAGUUCAGGGGCGUUUCUGCCUUUCGUAGCAGUUAUUCUAACAUAUGUUUUUUAUUUGAGAAAGCAGCUCAUAGGGUGUCCUUUUUAUUUUAGCUGACAACCUUCUGCACACUUGCACUCCCUGGGAUGACUGGCAUGUCUUCUAAAAAGGAAGAACUUCCCUGAAGGAAAUCACUGAAUCACAGGCAAACAGUGACAAAUGCUGUUUGUUAUUGUAGAGUUUGAGGGAAUAAAAGAUUGUUGUCUCUGGUU